AGAACCGUAGGGGGCUACCGUAGGCACGCGAGGCAUUGUGGGGCGGAGGCGGCCUUCUCUGUUGAGACAGGCGAGAUUUGUAGCAGUAAAUAACAAGAGAAAGGAACUUUCACAAUAGCGAAUAAUCUGCUCGACAUCAAUAUAGAUUUGUUAUUAACCUCGAUAUAGUAAGACAUGGGUCAGGAGGAUCUCAUGAACACGGCGGAAGACGUCGCGGACCAGUUCCUACGCGUGACCAAGCAGUACCUGCCUCACCUGGCGCGCCUGUGUCUCAUCAGCACCUUCCUGGAGGACGGCAUCAGGAUGUGGUUCCAGUGGAGCGAGCAGAGAGACUACAUCGAGGCCACCUGGGGCUGCGGUUACUUCCUGGCAACCUCCUUUGUGCUGCUCAACCUCGUUGGACAGCUGGGAGGCUGUGUUCUCAUCCUCAGUAGAAACUUUGUACAGUACGCCUGCUUUGGACUGUUCGGAAUCAUAGCUCUACAGACUGUUGCAUACAGCAUUUUAUGGGAUCUUAAAUUUUUGAUGAGGAACUUGGCCCUGGGUGGAGGUUUGCUGCUGCUGCUGGCUGAGUCUCGGUCUGAGGGGAAGAGCAUGUUCGCGGGCGUCCCCUCCAUGGGGGAGAGCUCCCCUAAGCAGUACAUGCAGCUGGGCGGCCGUGUACUGCUGGUGCUCAUGUUCAUGACCCUGCUGCACUUUGACCCCAGCUUCUUCUCUAUCCUCCAGAACCUGGUGGGCACGGCCCUCAUCGUGCUGGUGGCUGUGGGCUUCAAGACCAAGCUGGCCGCCCUCACCCUGGUCCUCUGGCUCCUGGCCAUCAACAUCUACUUCAACGCCUUCUGGAGCGUUCCAGCCUACAAGCCCAUGCACGACUUCCUGAAGUACGACUUUUUCCAGACCACCUCAGUGAUCGGAGGCCUGCUGCUGGUGGUGGCGCUGGGGCCCGGGGGCGUGUCCAUGGACGAGAAGAAGAAGGAAUGGUAGAGGGGGGGGGGGGGUUAAGGGAGGAGUGGAGGAGAGAGUGAUGAUAGUAGUGGAGGGGGAGAGAGAUGGAUGGGGAGAGAGAUGGAUGGGAGAGUGGGGAGGAAAGGGGCAGUGGGGGGGUGGAGAGGGGCAGUGGGGGGGAGGAGAAACCCUAGCACCACCACUAACCCCAGGACACCACUGCCCCUUGAGGGACAGUCCUCUGGCCAAUCACAGCCCCCCAGGGACAGUCUUCUGGCCAAUCACAAACACAGUCACAUGAGCCCCCUCUGACAUGCCUCAUUUCUUCUCCCAUUGUCUUUAGUUUUCAGUUUUUUUCUUUUCGGUUGAUACUGGAUUUUUUAUACAGCUAUUUAUGGCAGUUUGUCCAGGUGGCAAGAAAAAUAAACGGCACAAUAAUCUAUGUCACAAGAGCAAGGUAGCUAAUUUGUGACAUGGUGGAGUUUUAGAAAAGAGUCUGUUCUGUCUAUGGAAGGUAUGUCUAUGACCUUGUAUUAACAGAUGUUAUACCAUAACUUUAACAAACAUUUGUGAAUACAUGCAAAAGUGGCAAAGUGGAGAGUAUGUAUCAGAGGUACCUGUGAAUAUAUCAUUCUUACCCGCUCUGUGGGGAAGAUAUCAUUCUUACCCGCUCUGUGGGGAAGAUGUCAUUCUUACCCGCUCUGUGGGGAAGAUGUCAUUCUUACCCGCUCUGUGGGGAAGACGGUCUGUGACUCAUCGUACUGAUCUCGAGACCUCAGGCACUGAAAAACAAAACCGGUUCCCCCUCUCUGAACAGUGAGGGGGGGGGGGGUUUACGUCGCACACUAAUUGGUGGAUUGAAGUUGCGCUUGAUUGAAAAU